AUGACGAAGUCAAACAAUCUAUUUACUCCUCUUCGAGUGGGCAAAUGUGACCUGCACCACAAGCUGGUCCUAUCUCCUAUGACUCGCUUUCGAGCCGAUGAUGAAGGCGUCCCGCUGGCAUUUGUGAAGGAGUACUACGCCCAACGGGCCUCUGUUCCAGGGACCCUUCUGAUCACAGAAGCCACCGCUAUCUCUUCCCAGGCUAAAGGGUUCUCUAACGUUCCCGGAAUCUGGACUCAGGAGCAAGAGCAAGCCUGGCAGAAGAUCGUCCACGCGGUCCACGCCAAGGGGUCCUACAUCUGGCUUCAGCUCUGGGCUACCGGGCGCUCUGCAGAGGCGGAGGUGCUAACUGCCGCGGGGCAUGAGUUGACCUCCAGCAGCCCCGUGCCGGUGGAGCCCGACCAACCGACGCCUCGUGCGUUGACCGAGGGCGAAGUCCAGGCGUAUAUCGCCGAGUACGUGAACGCAGCGCGCCGCGCGAUGGCCGCGGGGUUUGACGGGGUCGAGCUCCAUGGAGCGAACGGAUUUCUGAUCGAUCAGUUCUUCCAGGCGUCCUGUAACCAGCGCACGGAUCAGUGGGGAGGCAGUCUAGAGAACCGCGCGCGGUUCGGGCUCGAGGUGACCCGCGCGGUGGUGGCCGCCAUUGGCGCCGACCGCGUCGGCAUAAAGCUCUCGCCGUGGAGCACCUUCCAGGGCAUGGGGACGAUGCCAGACCUGGUGGCCCAGUUCGAGCACAUCAUCACCCAGCUCCGCGACAUGGACAUCGCCUACCUGCAUCUCGCCAACUCGAGGUGGGUUGAGGACAAGACGCAUCCUGACUUCGACAAUCUCACCUUUGUCCGUAUGUGGGGCGAUCGCAAGCCAGUGCUCCUGGCAGGUGGCUAUGACGCGGACUCUGCUAGUCGGGUCGUGGACGAGACCUAUGGCGACUAUACCAAUGUGGCUGUCGUGUUUGGACGACUGUAUAUCUCCAACCCGGAUCUCCCGUACCGGCUGAAGCAUGGCAUACCCUUGCAACCGUAUGACCGCGAUACGUUCUACAUCCCGUUCUCAGACAAGGGGUACCUCGAUUAUCCGUUUAGUAACGAAUUUUUGGCGGCCACUGAGAUUGGGCCUGUAGGCGAGCCAAGAGCCCAACACACACCCUGUGUUAGGCGCCUGGCACGGCUAGCGUGA